UGUGUGGUAUCUAACAGUAAACUACAGUACAUACACUACACACACACGUUCACCAUCCUCGCGAGAUAAGCUUGUAAAAACAACAACAAUGGCGAACCCAGAGAGUAGUAUCAGAAGCUCAAGAUGGUCUCUCAAGGGAACUACUGCUCUAGUCACUGGUGGAACGCGUGGAAUUGGGCAUGCUGUGGUGGAGGAACUGGCUGAAUUUGGUGCUACAGUGUACACUUGUUCUAGGAAUGAAGAAGAGCUUAAUAAACGCUUAAAUGAGUGGAAAGAUAAGGGUUUUUCGGUUUAUGGAUCGGUUUGUGAUGCAUCUUCUUCUUCUCAAAGAGAGGAGCUUAUUCGAAAAGUGGCUUCUGCCUUCAACGGCAAGCUCAACAUACUUGUAAACAAUGCUGGAACAAAUGUGAGGAAGCCAACAAUUGAGUAUACAGCUGAAGAUUAUUCAAAAGUGAUGACUACUAAUUUGGAUUCUGCAUACCAUCUAUGCCAACUGGCAUAUUCACUUCUUAAAGAAUCUGGAAAUGGAAGCAUUGUGUUCAUUUCUUCGGUUGCAUCUCUGACAAGUGUAGGUUCUGGAACCAUCUAUGCAGCGAGUAAAGCUGCAAUCAAUCAGCUGACAAAAAGUCUUGCUUGUGAAUGGGCAAAAGACAAUAUAAGGAGCAACAGUGUUGCACCCUGGUAUACAAAAACACCACUUGUGGAACAUUUAAUUGCUAAUGAAGAAUUUGUGAAUCAAGUACUAUCUCGAACACCAAUAAAGCGGAUAGCAGAAGCACAUGAAGUGUCUUCCUUGGUGGCUUUCCUUUGCCUGCCAGCUGCUUCCUACAUCACGGGACAGAUUGUUUCUGUUGAUGGAGGAUUUACUGUGAAUGGAUUUCAACCCAGCAUGAGAAUAACCUAAAGCAACAAUGUCAUUUUUAUUUUCUAAGUUAUUUAAACAACACAAUAACGGUAUUCAUCAAAUCCUGGUUAGAGGGUCGGCUUUCAGUUUGUCAUUUAUCAUUUUGUUUUCUGAAUGGUAUUCAUGAUUAUGUUUAUCUACCAUGACUCAUAUAGGAAGGAAUAAAUGGAAUAAAUUCUUAAAACGUUUCAUUCUUA